UUUUCCGUAGUUUGUUGCACGUAAUCUUUAUUUACAAUUUCACAAACAUAUUUCAGUGAUUUUAGUCGUUAGUGAUAUUGUAAUUGAAUUAUGUAAGCGCUCUGUGUGAAGUGUGUGGCAGCGACCCCAUUGUUGUGGACUUGACUUAUCAGUGAAAGGUCAACAAAAAAUGUUGUGGGGGUAAUUUGGGAAUCCUGAGGGGCAAAAUAUCACAACAAUGGUUCCUGCACCGAGUUGUCCGUAUACGUGGGACUAUUGGACGUCCUCGCCGUCCGAUAGCGUGGAUUUGACGUGCCUGCUGCCGAACUCUAUUUACAUUCCUCUGAGAGUGAGCUGGGACGCGACCCUGCACGAUGUCAAGGAGGACUUAUGGGACCGAGCAGGGAGCUAUCCCCUCUUCGGGAUGCUCCAUGAAAUGUCCGGCUAUGUAUUCCAAUUCGUCAAUUCACUUGCCGCACCGGAAGAGGUGGAUGAUGAAAACAAACGCCUGCGGGACAUAAAGCCAGUAUGUGGUGUGUUGAUGAUCAUAGAACGGUCAGUCAAGGUCCCAGGUGAACACUUGCUGAACACACAAAUAAGUCACUUAAUUGGAAAAGGUUUAAAUGAAUUUGAUAGUCUAAGAAGUUUGGAAGUGAAUGACUUUCGUAAACAAAUGAGGAGUCUAGCUGAAGAGAGUCUGAUGAAGAGAAUGCAAAGCACAUGGCUGGAAAGACUCCGUUACCAGUGCCCACCGAGGCUAGCAGAACAGGCCGUACCAGUAACAUUGAAGAGCCACCUAAAUAAGAACUGCUUCAUACUUGUAACCAAAUUCGCCAACUCUGAGUUCUCAUCGUCCUUAUGCGUGCCUAUAACUAGGACGCCAGCACAGCACAUUGAAAUAAUCCUUCGGAGACAAGCCAACUCCUUAAAUAUGCGUAGUGAACCCGCAACCAACUAUGUGCUCAAAGUGUGUGGUCGUGAAGAAUAUCUUUUCGGAGACUACCCCCUCAUACAGUUCCAGUAUAUCCAGGAGAUGCUUUCCAGAGACCUCGUGCCACAGGUCAUGACUGUUAGCAUGGAUAAACUACAGUUUCUGACUGACUCCCAAGACUACUUCAUACCGGAGCGGCCGCGGCUGACGUCCGAACACUCGAGCACGAUGCGCCGGCGCACCAAAUACGUCAUGUCGUGGAAUCUGGAGAAGAAUUACUCGUGUAACGUGCUGUCCGUCGGGGGACUCAACGUCGACCCCGGACGGGUUGUGGAGGUAAUAUGCCAAGCGGGCAUAUUCCACGGCGGCAAAGCAUUAUGCGAGGCGCAAAAAACUCGCGCAGCACCUGUCUCCAAAGAAGGAGUGGCUCAAUGGGACCAGAAACUGAAGUUCCCCAUCAUGGUACACAACCUGCCGAGGAUGGCGAGACUCUGCUUUGGGAUAUACGAAAUUAUUAAAGCGAAAAGCAAGAAACGCGGGAAAGAUGCUAGUAAGGAUUCUAUAAACAAGCUAGCAUGGGCCAACACCAUGAUAUUCGACUACAAAGACCAGCUGCGCACAGAUGGGUUAACGUUGUUUAUGUCAACCCACGUGGCAGACGAGACUCAGGGCGACGAUCAACUUCUACACCCGUUAGGAACAGUGCUCUCCAGCCCUAAUACCGACUCCUGCGCAGCGCUGCAAGUGCGCUUCUGCAACUACGAGUGCCAAGACCCGAUUCUAUUCCCAAAGCAAGAGGAGGUACGUGGGUAUGCCGAGCACAUUGAGAGCGGAUCUCCAGACGUCAUGGCCCGACUGGGGCGGGACUUCGAAAAGCUAAGGGCAACCGCUGAAAGGGACCCCAUGUAUGAAAUGCACGAACAGGACAAGAAGAAUAUGUGGGCGUUAAGGAAUCACUUCCGAACUGAAGCCCCGGAACUUUUGCCGCGAUUGCUUUCAUGUGUUGAGUGGGGAGACAGGGCAGAAGCGGCCAGCGUGUCUCGCAUGCUGAUGGACUGGCCCACUCUCCCCUUGGCAUCGGCCUUAGAGCUACUGGACUAUGCGUACGCCGACGCCGCUGUGAGAAGCUUCGCCGUCAAGUGCUUGGAGGAGAUCUCUGACGAAGACCUGCUGCUAUACCUACUACAGCUGGUGCAAGCCCUGAAGCACGAGUGUUACCUGAUGUGCGACCUGUCUGUGUUCCUUCUGCAGAGAGCCUUCAAAAACAUGAUCAUUGGGCACUACCUCUUCUGGCAUUUACGUUCCGAGAUGCACAUGCCGUCGGUGUCGGUGCGCUUCGGGCUGAUGCUGGAGGCGUACUGCCGCGGCUGCCAGGACCACAUCAACAGCCUCAUGAAGCAGAUCAACUGCCUCGAGAAACUCAAGUGGGCGAGCCAGUGCAUCCGCAAGAGGAGAGAGAUAUCAAGAGCGCGCACAGCGUUGCAGCAACACUUACAAGAGCCGCACUGCGUGGAAAUGCUGGCCGACUUCGUGUCGCCGCUCAACCCUAGCUUCGUCUGCAGGAGAAUCAAGCCCGAAAGGUGUCGCGUGAUGGACAGCAAGAUGCGGCCUCUGAUGGUGGACUUUGAGAAUGUAGACCCUAACGGGUCGGACAUAAGGAUCAUCCUCAAGAUCGGCGACGACCUCCGUCAGGAUAUGUUCACGCUGCAAAUGUUGAGGAUCAUGGACCGCCUGUGGAAGAGCCAUGGAUAUGACUUUAGACUGAGCCCGUACAACUGCAUCUCAAUGGAGAACGAGGUGGGCAUGAUCGAGGUGGUGGAAGACGCGGAGACCGUGGCCAACAUUCAGAAGCAGAGCGCGCUGUUCAAUGCCGCCUCCACCAUAUACCGAGCUACGCUGUUACAAUGGCUAAAGAAGCAGACAGAAGACGACGGCGGCAAACAGAACGAAGUAGCGUUCAACAAAGCCGUGGAUGAGUUCACCAUGAGCUGCGCCGGUUACUGCGUUGCCACCUACGUACUGGGCAUCGCUGACAGGCAUCCGGACAAUAUUAUGGUCAAGAAGAGUGGACAGCUAUUCCACAUAGACUUCGGUCACUUCCUCGGCCACUUCAAGCAGAAGUACGGCUUCAAGCGCGAGCGCGUGCCCUUCGUCCUGACGCACGACUUCAUCCACGUCAUCAACAAGGGCCAGCGCGGCUCCGGCGACAACGAGCCCAUCGACUUCAAGAUCUUCCGCGAGCACUGCGAGACGGCGUUCAAGAUCCUCCGCAAGAACGGGCACCUGAUCCUGUCGCUGUUCUCCAUGAUGAUCUCGACCGGCCUGCGCGAGCUGUCUUCAGAGAAGGAUCUGCAGUACUUGCGCGAGACACUGGUAAUGGACCUCUCCGAAGAGAAAGCAAUGGAGCACUUCCGCUCAAAGUUCAGCGAAGCCGUCAAGAACUCCUGGACCACAUCCAUCAAUUGGGCCUUCCACAACUUCGAGAGGAACAACUGACAGCGACCCGUCGGCAGGCGCCUUAAGCGGCAACUGCCAAAGCAUGCGCCCCAGACGCUGUGAGCCUUCCGUCUGGGCAACAAGGUCGAGUUUUCAACGAUUAUUAAUUUAUUAUGCAGGAUUAAGACUUGACCACACUAGAUGAGCGGUAAGGUUGAAAAUAGAAUAAAUUUUAGUUGAGAUACGCUGGCUUUGCGCUUGUUAUCAUGGAGUUUAUUAGCACUUAAUAAUAUCCGUUUAGUUCAAUUUACUCAUACCAGAAUCAACGAUAAAAUACGUUAAAAGGAGAGACGCUUGUUCUGUGCUCUGUUCUAUCAACUCAGGCGCUCACUAGUGUGGUCUUAGCCUAUUACAAAACUAGAAAUGCUAACGAAUUUGAUGAUAUUAGUAAAUAACCGAGCGAUUAUCGUUAUGACAAAUUGUC